AUGGAAGACCCGCCUUUGGCCUCACUCUCUCUGACCCACGUCCAUUACAACCCCAAUGACCGGCUGUCAUUCCUCUGCGCCUGGCUGGCACUCGUGCCGCAGGGAUUGUGCAUCGUGUACGCGACAUUAGUCUGGUCGACACGCGAAGCGGAAGUCAUAAUGAUGUUCGGCGGGCAGAUGGCUUGCGAAGCGCUGAACUGGUGUCUAAAGCGGCUGAUCAAAGAAGAGCGACCGAAGCAAAUGUACGGCAAAGGCUACGGCAUGCCGUCGUCGCACGCGCAGUUCGUCACCUUCUUCAGCGUGUACCUGACGCUGUUCCUGCUGCUGCGGCACACGCCGCACCCGACGCACACGCACACGCCCACGACGUUCCUGCAGCGCCUGCUGCUGUCGGCCGCCGCGCUCGUGUCGGCCGCCGCCGUCGCCCAUUCCCGCAUCUACCUCACGUACCACACCCCCAAGCAGGUGCUGGUCGGCUGCGCGGCCGGCGCCGUGUUCGCUUUCGUCUGGUUCGCCGUCACGGCCUAUGUGCGCCGCGCCGGCUGGGUCCAGUGGGGCUUGGACUCGGGGUUUUGCCGCGCCUUUAGGUGCAGGGAUCUCGUUGUUGAGGAAGACCUUGUUGAUGCUGGGUGGGCGAGGUGGGAGGACCGGUUGCGCCGGAGGGAUAAUGAGACCGGGAAGAAGGGGAGGUAG